AUGAACGUCCAAAGAGCUGUGGAGGAGCUUACCAGGCUCGAGGUGGCCGAUGGCGGUCUUUUAGAUAAGCGCUGGGACGGUGAUGGGGCAGACUCCCCUUGGGCUAAUAUCAACAAGAAGUAUGGCUAUAUGGUGUUUGCCUUAUCGUGUGCGAAUGUGGUGACGAUAGGUGUACUGGCAUGUCUUAAGGUUAGACUUCUGCCUCAAGCCAAUAAGACGGAUCGUAUUUUCACUAGGGUCCUUAGACGGUUGGUCUACUUUCCUUUGUGGCUUCUGGUCGUGGUGUGGCUGGUAUUCAUGGCUCUCCUUUUGUUCAUUCCAUGGUACCUGGGCAUCAAGGAAACCCCAGAUUACAUCCACUUCAAGAUCGGCUUGGGCAUGUUGAAAAGAGCAGGGCGUCUUGGGCUUUCGUUGUACCCGCUUAUCAUCUUCCUCUCCUUGAAGCCCAAUCCAUUGCCUAAUGUCUUGUACAUGCAUUUAAUCCCAUUGCACAAGUGGAUCUCCAGAAUCCUGAUAGCCUCGAUUUCGCUCCAUGCACUUGGCUUUUUCGGCUUCUGGAUCCACAAGAAUGAGCUUCACAAAACCUUCGAUAAGUUGAUGUUUCCCGGAGUCGUCAACUUCUUCCUCCUAUUUAUCGUCCUCAUACUCGGCAUCAAAGGCAUCAGAGAGCGCUUUUACAAGCUCUUCUACGCUUUGCACAUCAUCACAGCCUGGGCAACGCUUCCUCUCAUGUACCUCCAUAGCAUGCCCGAGGCCAACUUGUACAUUUUUGGCAGUUUGUACUUGUUGAUUUACCACACCGCAGCCAAGGUAUUCCUCAGUUAUAACAUCAGGGACAAGAUCGACGAAAGCAACAGCUACUACACGACAUCUGUGCCUGAUAGCAAUUUGCUUUUGGUCAGAAUCCCCCGUGAAAAGGUGGUGAAGGCAUCCAUGAAAUUCAAAAAAGAGCAGGACGGUUCAAUGCUUACAUACUUUCUGCCAGACUCGCAUGUCAGAAUCAGCCCGUCCUUGUUGAAUCCCAAAUCCUGGCUUUUUGCAACCCAUCCGUACACAAUUGCAUCCUUGGACCACGAGGAGUAUGUGGAUUUGGUGAUCAAAAAGAGCACCCGCUUUGCACAGCAUUUAGCGUCUCAACGGUACUUUUGUUACACCGUUUCGCUGCCGUUCCCGGCGUUUGACGAUUUCUUUUUUUCUAGAAAUCUAAACGACAACAUCACCAUUGUCUGUGGAGGCUCGGGGCUUGCAUUCGGUAUACCGUUGUUCAAGUACUUCCACCAGCGUAACCGAAAGGGCGACGAGGAGCUCGUCAAAACGCCAAACGUGCGUUUCUGCAUCAUUGUCAGAAGAAAAGAGGAUUUGUUUGUUUUGCAAGAGGCCGGAAUCUUUGGGUACCAUGAAGAUCCCGAUUCUGACUCCUUGGAGCCCACUCCAGACUACAGAGACGCCAAGAUUGAUAUACAUGUCACGGGAAGUAGCGAGCCUGUCAAGCAGCCUACACUAAUUUCUCGGAUCAAAGCCGCCGUCCAACGUUUCAGGAAACAACCCUCCGAAACGCAGUACUACCAAAUGGAAGACCUCCAGGAGCCAAUGCUCGAAGCGGAAGCGUCCAAAGCAAGUGUGGCCGAUAACGGAGUUGCUGUGGAGGUCCAGAUGGGACGUCCGGAUGUAGCAAGCCUCCUCGGAGAGUUCCAUGAAGGUACCGAAGAGGAAAGCAGCAUUGUGGUUGCAUGCGGUCCAGAAACGCUAUUGGCUGACUGUGGGGGGUGGUGCCACCACAACAAUGUAGAGUUUGCCGCAGAGAGUUUCAGUGUAUAG